UUGUGGGAGGUGCUUGAGGCCGCGGAGGUCGUUGGUGUCUGUUGAACGGCUUGUGGAAGUCGUGCUGCCUUGGGUAGGGGUUAAAAUCGUUCUCGAGAGGAACGUCUCUGUCCGAAGAGAACAUGAGUUUAGCUCUGAGAAAUGAGCUUGUAGUAGACAAAACAAAGAGGAAAAAAAGAAGAGAACUCUCUGAAGAACAGAAACAAGAAAUUAAAGAUGCUUUUGAACUUUUUGACACAGACAAAGAUGAAGCAAUAGAUUAUCAUGAAUUAAAGGUGGCAAUGAGAGCCUUGGGGUUUGAUGUAAAAAAAGCUGAUGUACUGAAGAUUCUUAAAGAUUAUGACAGAGAAGCCACAGGGAAAAUCACCUUUGAAGAUUUUAAUGAAGUUGUGACAGACUGGAUAUUGGAAAGAGAUCCACGUGAAGAAAUAUUGAAGGCAUUUAAACUAUUUGAUGAUGAUGAUUCAGGUAAAAUAAGCCUGAGGAAUUUGCGACGUGUUGCCAGAGAAUUGGGUGAAAACAUGAGUGAUGAAGAACUUCGGGCUAUGAUAGAAGAAUUUGAUAAAGAUGGUGAUGGAGAAAUAAAUCAAGAGGAAUUCAUUGCUAUUAUGACUGGUGACAUUUAAAGAAUUACAAGGAUAAACACUAAGAAUGUUGCAGUUAUCAUCUUAUAUUCUAUUUUUGUGCCUGAAGCCGUAUUUAAAACAAAAAACAACUUAGUUCUUUUUUCCAAAAGGACCAAAAAUAAGCAUCUUAUGUAUUCAUAUUUUACUACUGUUAAGUUUCUUUAUAUGAACAGUAUUGUUAGUACUCUAACAGUUUAGCUUUGUAUUUAUAAUAUAGCUUUUAUAUAUAAAGUUUAAAAAAUUGAAUCAUGUGGUACACAUUUUUUGAAGGUUUUUUAUUUAGCAUUAGUAGUCACUUUUGGUGCACAUGUUUUUCAGACUUUCCUUAAUAAAAUGUUUAUUUUUUAGUAUUUCAAAAUUUGGUAACUUUUCUGUUUAUUUUGAUUCCAAAUGUCUGCUAACCCUCAAGAGUAUCUUUCUUAAAUCUUUUCUCUAUACACGGUUGGUUUCAGAAACGAAAAUUGAAAUAUAAAUUGCAAUAGAAGAGUACAUUUUUCCAUUACAAGUUUGACAUUUGAUGUUUCAGUACAAAAUGAUGACUCCGUAUAGGCAUAAUUCCUUUUUCAUGAGUCAUGUCUUUCAGUUUGGAGGGAAACAGUAUUGUGCAUAUAGACUCAUUUAUCCUCAUGUAUUCAAUAUUACGUUCUGUAACACUUUUGGUGUCUUAAGUUAUGACAGUUAAAUCUGGAUAUUUCUUUCUUAAACUAAUUGAAUAUAGUUUGAAUCAUCUAA